GUCAAUAAAAAUCUCCUUUGAAGUAAAUGCAGAAGAAGGAAGCAAACAGGAGUGAAGAAGCAACUUCUUAGCUGUUUGCUAUUAACGACUUCAACUUGGUUUCACACUUCAAUUUCUCUCUCUUUUUCUCUCUGCACACCACAACCCCUUAACAUAGUUUGAAAGAGAGAGAGAUGGCUAUGAAUUGCGGUGGCGUUGUGGUUCGGUUUGGUCUGUGAAUGGUGGCACUGUGCAUUGCAGGCUACAUAGUGGGUCCCCCUCUCUACUGGCACUUCAUUGAACACGUCAACCACUCUUCUUCAUCUUCUUCUUGCGCUCCUUGCGUCUGCGAUUGCUCUUCUCAACCCAUCAUUACGAUUCCCCAAGGACUUAGCAACUCUUCAUUUGAAGAAUGUGCAAAGCACAAUCCAAAGGUGGAUGGAGACACUGAAAACAAUGUUGCGGAGUUACUGUCGGAAGAACUAAAUCUUCGGGAAACUGAAGCUUUGAAAAAUCAGCAUUGUGCUGACAUGGCUCUGCUGGAGUCUAAGAAGAUUGCAUCUCAGUAUCAAAAAGAAGCGGACAAGUGUAAUUCAGGAAUGGAAACAUGCGAGGAAGCCAGGGAAAAAGCCGAGAUGGCGUUAGUGGCUCAGAAGAAGCACUCUGCAUUGUGGGAACAGAGAGCUCGUCAGAAAGGAUGGAAUGAAGGGCUUGCCAAAUCUAAGAAACAGUCUAAAGGGAAAGUACACACUGCUUAGACUUGGUGUGGCCUCCAUCUAGUUAUUGCAUACUAGUUUCAGCGAAGUGAUAUUUAGUACUGGAAGUAGUAAAUCAUCAUAUAUAGUCCAUAUAAUUAAAGUAUUCAUAAAAUGUCAAAAUUGUAAAAAGCCAAUAGAGAUGUCAUUGUAUUUCUAACCUCCAUUUUUGGUACUUAUUACAUAAGAAAAUUUUUGUAAGUUUGUGACAAAUUUCUUACAAAAAUUGUGUUACUAGUUUUUUAAA